UUUGUGAUUGUGAAUGUGUUUGAAAUUGUCAAAAAAAAGUCAAAUAUUAGAUUAAAAAGUCAUACGAAUUACGAGAUUUCGUUUCGUUCGUAUUUUGUAAUUUGUCCAUUGAUUUAUAGUGAACAGAAAGUGUAUUAACCUAUUUUAAUAAAACAGACAUAUAAUAGUUAAAUAAGAAAACCACACCAUAAUAUACAUAACCCUAUUCCGAAAUGUCGGUCACGAACAUAGAUACUGUUGAUAAUUUUGUUAAUUUUAUAAGAUCACCAUCUUUAGCAGUUGUCCAUUUUUCUGCAGAAUGGGCAGAACAGUGCAUUCAAGUAACUGACAUCCUCAAAGAGUUAUCCAAACUACCAGAAGUUCAAUCUAGUGGCAGUAAAUUUGGUGUGUGUGAUGCUGAAAAUCUUUCUGAAAUAUCAUUGCAGUAUAAGGUUGAUUCAGUUCCAACUGUAAUAUUGUUUAAAAAUGGUUCAGCAGUAGACAGAGUUGAUGGAGCUGAUGCUGCUCAAAUCACAUCUAAAGUCAGAUCCCAAUGUGGGGCUAAAGAUUUGAAUAAUGCUUCCCAACAACCAUUAGAAGAGAGGCUAAAAGCUCUUAUUAAUAAACACAACAUUAUGUUAUUUAUGAAAGGCACACGGGACUCACCAAGAUGUGGAUUUAGUAAAACAAUUAUUCAAAUUCUUAAUGGAACUGGGGCACAAUAUGAUACAUUUGAUAUUUUAACAGAUGAAGAGGUUCGUCAAGGGUUGAAAACCUAUUCGGAUUGGCCAACCUACCCUCAGUUAUAUGUAAAGGGAGAAUUAAUUGGUGGAUUAGACAUAAUUAAAGAAUUGCAAGAAAGUGGAGACCUUGAGUCUACUUUAAAUGCUUAAUUUUGCUUAUCAGUACAAUGUAGCUCAUUUUUUUAUUUAUUUUAAUAAAGGUUUGUAAUUAAA